AUGCCAUGCAACUCCCUCUUAGGUUUCGAACCCCACGACGGCAAGACGAGAAUUAUACCUACCACCGAAGUGCAGAAGGGCUAUUAUAAUGGCAGCCAUCUCAUCGGGAACCGAGCCAUCCUGCGUAGCGAGUGGAACAUUGUUCGCCAGCCAGCACCAUUGCGCUUGGCAGAUGGUGUCUCUGUUUUGGCCAUGGGCAUACGCAUAAUAAUUCCGUUCCGGUACCUCAAGCCCUUCCUCUACUCAUAUGUCGUCUUCGGCUUCUACGCCUCACUCGGCCUCCUGGGACUCGGACUUUUUAUGGUUUCGAACCUACUACGGAACCGCCAGCUUCUACAGAUCCGUGGGUGGACGAAACUGCCCAAGACAAGGAAUCCGGGGUAUGACGGAGAUGCAGACGAUGGAGGCGACAAAAUGGUAAAGCGGUUGGAGGAACUGCUUGCUGCUGUGGUUGGCUACCUUUGCUACCUUCUCUUCCCAGAGCAGAGUUCAGUCCGAACGCCUGACUUUACCAAGAGAGCAGCCAGAGUAUAUGUGGAAAAGGGCAAAUUCUUAUACGCGUCAGACACGGAACCCGUCGGUGGUAAUCUCGUGCACCCCAAUAAACCCCCAAUAGCCAUCAAACGUAUCGUCGGCAACAUAUGCGAGAACCGAGAGACCCAGUCGAAGUCUUGCAUACCCCUAUACGAUAAGGAUCAUCAAGCACUGUCACAACAACUGUCUGCAGGCGAAUAUACAAAUUCCCCUGAUAGCACGCAAAUCCUCGUCAAGUUUAGUUCCCACUACGGCAAGAUGAAGGUCGUACCAACCAUCGAAGUGCAAAAGGGCUACUACAACGGCAGCCACAUCAUCAACAACCCUACCAUCCUGCAUAGCGAAUGGAACAUCAGCCAUGACACUCAAGAACCGACGCACUUAUCAGGAUGCCCCAGAGAUGGCAGGCUUUCUACUCUGAGCCCUAAUAAUCAUCCUGACCCGAAUCCCUGGAUCUACAUAUCGGUCUUGGGCAUGUGGAUCGUAAUCCCAUCUCGGUACAUCGACUGCAUCACCACCAAUCUCAUCACCAUGAUAGCCAUACUCGGCGCCUUUCUGCUCGUGGCCAUGGUCGCGUCGAUAUACUGCCGAACCCACCAGCUCCAUCAGCUGCGUCAGCUCCGUCAGCUUCAAGCGCAACAGGAGGCUGCUGAGAAGACUCCACAGCCAGAACCGCCAACACGGCUGACACCACCAACUCCCUCGUCUCAAUCUGCUGUCGAGGAGACGCGCAGCAGCUUAGAUGAGGUUGUCGAGCGGCUCCGUGCGUCUAGCAAAACUCAUGCGCGGUAUGGCCUCGAUGCUGGGACGGAGACUCCUCCCGCGGUGGCAUCUGGGAGAAUUUGA